UAAGAACUGUAGUGGAAGUGGACCUCCAAGUAGCUAGUAUUAUUCAUAGUCACACAAACGGCCCCCUGUCGCCACACAUUUCUGUGGGAUAGUAGUACAUUACAGGAGUGCUUUCUAGGUGCAGCACCUAAAGGUUCUGUUAAGGAGAGAGGCGCGCGCGCAGAGGAAGCGAGUGCGACGGGGGAUACCGAAGACCGCUGCGCAACCAUAGCUACGAGGGGCGGGGACUGGGAGCGCUUUGGUCACGGGGCCGACGGGCUGGCCAGGGAGGAAUCGGUCCUCCACUUUCCCAGCCAACCUCGCGCCCGCCUUUCAUCUCUCCUUUCCCCAGCCGCACGCUGCGUGGUUCCUAGUUGGCUAGUUUGGACGGAAGCUCGGUUGGUGUUUCUCCAGAAGUUUCCCCCUUGGGCUGCGGUGGGGCUGGUAACCUUGGUAGUAGGAGCUUCAGCAGCGGCUGUAGCGAUUUUUAGGGAUGGCGGCGGCUGCAGCAGGAUCUGCAACACCUCAGAGAUUUUUCCGGAGCCUCUCCGAUGCUCUGAUAGACGAGGACCCCCAGGCGGCGUUAGAGGAGCUGACUAAGGCUUUGGAACAGAAACCAGAUGAUGCACAGUAUUAUUGUCAAAGAGCUUAUUGUCACAUUCUUCUUGGGAAUUACUGUGAUGCUGUUGCUGAUGCAAAGAAAUCUCUCGAACUCAAUCCAAAUAAUUCCACUGCUAUGCUGAGGAAAGGGAUAUGUGAAUACUAUGAAAAAAACUAUGCUGCUGCAUUAGAGACUUUUACAGAAGGACAGAAAUUAGAUAGUGCAGAUGCUAAUUUCAUUAUCUGGAUUAAAAGGUGUCUAGAAGCUAAAAAUGGAUCUGAAUCUGAGGUGUCUGCCUCCCAGCGGACUCAUCAGUCAAAAAUCAAGUAUGACUGGUAUCAAACAGAAUCUCAAGUAAUCAUUACGCUUAUGAUCAAGAAUGUUCAGAAGAAUGAUGUAAAUGUGGAAUUUUCAGAAAAAGAGUUUUCUGCUUUGGUGAGACUUUCUUCUGGAGAGGAUUACAAUUUGAAACUGAGACUUCUUCAUCCUAUUAUACCAGAACAGAGCACAUUUAAAGUACUUUCAACAAAGAUUGAAAUUAAAAUGAAAAAGCCAGAGGCUGUGAGAUGGGAAAAGCUAGAGGGAGAAGGAGACCUGCCUAAGCCAAAACAGUUCAUAGCAGAUGUAAAGAACCUAUAUCCAUCAUCAUCUCAUUACACAAGAAAUUGGGAUAAAUUGGUUGGCGAGAUCAAAGAAGAAGAAAAGAAUGAGAAGUUGGAAGGAGAUGCAGCAUUAAACAAACUGUUUCAGCAAAUCUAUUCAGAUGGUUCUGAUGAAGUGAAACGUGCCAUGAACAAAUCAUUUAUGGAGUCUGGCGGCACAGUUUUGAGUACCAACUGGUCUGAUGUAGGUAAAAGGAAAGUUGAAAUCAAUCCUCCUGAUGAUAUGGAAUGGAAAAAGUACUAAAUAAAUUAAUUUACUAUCACUGUAUUGCGUAUAUUCACCUGAUACUCAUUGUGUAUAGACACUGCAUUCUUGAAUUUGGAACACUGAUAUCUUUUUGAAAAGAUUA